AUGGCGUCUAGUACAACUGGUUUUCUAGCCGUACCAGCUAAGAAACCUUUCGAUGUCAAUCUUUCAGCGCCGGUAAAAAAAUUCAUUAAAGAAACAUUUGGUGACAAAGAAGAUUACUCAGCAGCAGCCGAUGGUUUCAAUGCACUUCGUGCUGAAGCAUUACUUCGUGGCAGUUAUAAAGAUGAUUGUUCAAAAAUACUCAGAUACUAUGAUCAAUUACAUGCUAUUGAAUAUAAAUUACCAAUAACAGAAAAUCAAAUACGAAUUUAUUUCAAAUGGCAAGAUGCAUUUGUUAGUGGUGGAAGUUUAUUCGGUAGUAAACAAAAAUCAAAUGGUUCAUGGAAAUUAGCAUAUGAGAAAGCUUGCGUUCUUUUUAAUAUUGGACAUGCAUAUAGUGAUUUAGCAUUAGCACAAAAUCUAUCAAUAGAUGAACAAAUGAAAGCAGCUACAAGAUACUUUCAAUUAUCAUCGGGUGUUUUUUCGUUUUUAAAAGAUUAUGUUAACGCAAAUUCAUUAUCAGAUUUAUCGGUUGAUUUCGAACCAGCUGUAUUAGCAUGUAUUUCAUGGUUUAUGUUAGGUCAAGCAGCAGAAUUGAUUUACAUAAAAUCAGCUAGUUUUAAAGAUGAAGUUGCUGCUAAGGUCGCAGCACAUGCCGCUGAUUGCUACAAGGAAGCUUAUACAUCAUCAAAAACGGAGAGUGCAAAAAAGGUCAUUCCUGAGAAUUAUGUCAAUAUUAUGUUUGUCAAGCAUUUAUUAUUUCAAUCAAAAGCUGAAUAUCAUGCUGGUAAUCAAGCUCAAGCUGAUCGAAAAUAUGGACUCAAAGUUGUACGAUAUGAUCGUGCAAAAGAUUUUGCCGAUCAAGCAGUUAGUAAAUGUGCAACGUCUACUUUUACGCCAACACUUCGUGCAAAUCAAGACGAAAUUGCUAAAGCAUCAGCAGCUGCGCAUAAAGAUAAUGAUUUCGUUUAUCAUGAACGAUUGCCGGAUCCGAAAACACUUGAUACUAUUUUGGCUCAACCAAUUGCUAAACCGUUGCCAGUUUCAUUUCCAAUAACACCUGAAUUUAAAGAUUUAUUUGCUUCACUUGUACCAAUCGCUUUGAAUAAUGCCUUAGCAGCAUUUAAUUCCAAACGAGCAGAAAUCAUGAAUAUAGAAAUAAAUCGUCUUAGAGAAGCAAAUAAUGUUCUCAACUCUGUGUUGGCUUCAAUGAAUUUACCAGCUGCUAUUGAAGAUAAUGGCGGCCGUCAAGUUCCAGCAUCAGUCAUGGAAAAAGCCAAUGAAGUUAAACGACAAGGUGGUAUUCAUGCAUUAGAUAAAAUGAUUAGUGAUUUACCAGAAUCAUUAAAACGAAAUAAAGAAAUUCUUGAUGAAACAAUUCGUAUGCUAGAUGAUGAAGAGAGAGGUGACUCAGAUUUACGUACUCAAUUCAAAGAACGCUGGACACGUACGGUAUCAUCAAAAUUAACAGGUCCACUACGCGAAGAAGCUAAAAAAUAUAUGGAUAUUAUACAAAAUGCUAUUAAUGCAGAUAAAAUCGUUCAAGAAAAAUUUCGAAUGAAUCGCGAUUGUAUUGUUUUACUCAGUAAACAAACGAACGAAAUAGCCGAUGAGCUCCCGUCGGCAACAGCUGCUGGUGCAUUACGUGAUUCGUUUGUUGUACGUGAAUUGCGUCGUUUAAUGGAAAACGUAGCUGCAGUAAAAGCUGAACGCGAAGUUAUUGAAUCUGAAUUGAAAGGUACGGAUUCUGAUAGCGUUCGUGCACGUUUAAUUGGUGGAUUUCAACAAGGCAAUCAUCACGAUGAGAAUAGUGUUGUUGUUCAUGAAAUUGAAUCCAUUUAUACUCCAUUACGACAACAAGUUAGUGAGAGCUUAUCAAAACAAGAACACCUAGUUGAAAAUGUUCAUCGUGCACAUCAACAAUUCCAAAAUGAAAAACAAGGAAAUGAAACAUCGGCAAUGCGUGACGAAAUGCUAAAGAAUUUAGCGCGAGCAUAUGAUGCCUAUCAAGAAUUAUUAAACAAUUUGAAAGAAGGAACUAAAUUUUACAAUGAUUUGACACCAUUGUUACUUAAAUUUCAAAAUAAAGUGUCAGAUUUUGUAUUUGCUCGUAAAACAGAAAAAGAUGAUUUAAUGCAAGAUAUUCAACGAAAUAUUGUUGGUGGAAAUCCAGCGCCAGCAACAACGCAACAAAAUGCUGGCAAUCCAUAUGCAUCAAAUGUUGCUGCAGCACACCCACCAUCACAACAACCAUCAGCUCCACCAACUGGUGGUCCACCACCAACAACAACACCCGACGGUUCUGCAGUACCAUAUCCAAAUCCAUAUAUGCAACCAUUUUUUCCAAUGCCACCAGGCUAUAAUCCAUAUAAUCCAUUUUUGAAUAUGACGGCACCAGCAUAUCCAAUGGCUGGAAGUCAGCAAUACCCACAACAAGGUUUUGGUGUCGCAAAACCUCAACAGGGUGGUAAAAAAUAA